AUGACUCCCGCCCCACUGACGCUGGGAUGGAUGCCCCAGCAAACCCAGGUGCUGGCUCCCGAGGAGGACUGGACAGGCAUAUCGAGCCAAGCCGAACGAAGAAAAUUGCAAAAUCGUCUGAAUCAACGAGCUUAUCGAAAGCGAAAGGCGGACGAAUUGAAGCAGGAUCAAAGAUCUUCAAAAUCCCCACGCUAUUCCUCACCCCCUUUCACUUCUUUGCCACACCAUACGCCCCUCGGUCCUCAUGGAGUUGAAUCCAUCGGAGGCCCCCGUCCUGUACCCAAGUCAAAUCUGCAGGGCACGAACAUAGGCGACCUCUCAAAAGCAAGGGCCCCUAACUCGCUAUCUCCCACAUCCAGCCAUCCAGUGCUUUCUAUCUACAAAGUCGAGAAAGCAAAACACGCCAGGCCGCCGUGUCAGCUCGAUCCCGAGGAUGCAGAGAAACUUUUGGACCGGUUCGAAAAAUUAGCGACCAUGAGCUAUAUCAGUGGUUCCCCAACAUCCGAUCAUCUCCUCACAUUGAUCAAGUUCAAUGUUCAUAGAGCGUUUGUGAGAAAUUCCUACGUUAUAGGAUUACCAUGGAGGUUUGUGCAAGAUGAUGAUGCACUUUCAUUGUUCAGCAAUCCGACUCCCGGCCAUGGACACUUGGAGAAGCCCAUGCCUUUGAGUCUUCGUCCAACCCAUAUUCAACGCACAAUACCUCAUCACCCAUGGUUUGACCUCAUACCUGUACCGGGUAUUCGAGAUAACCUGAUUCGUACCGGCGAGGACAACUAUGAUGAGCAGGAACUCUGCGAAGAUCUCGUAGGUUUUUGCGGCGGCACACCCGGCAACGAGGGGCUAAUAGUUUGGGGCGAGUCUUGGGACCCGAGUGGAUGGGAAGUCACUGAAGAUUUUACGAAUAAAUGGUUUUGGACUCUCAGAGGCUGCAAAGACCUGCUGGAAUCGACAAACCGGUGGAGAAGAAUGCGUGGCGAAAAGCCAUUAUGCUGGGAUAUAUCCGAUCCCGAAUCAGUACAUUCUUCUCAAACCCGGAAGGAUGCGUCAAACCAGGCUCAAUGGCAGAGUGCGCGGCAUUACGAUGAUAGUGAGCGUCUACGUCACAGAAUAACGGAGAUUUCUUAA